AUGCCACGACGACCAAGUAUCUUGUCACCGCCGACUUCGCCCAUGAUGUCGUCGUAUGAAGUGGACAGCGAUGAGGACGCUGAACAAAGAAUGGGCGAAGGAAAUCCAGCACGAACGAUCCCUGAAUCAGUCGUUGUGAGGAAACAAGCCAACGGCGGUGCUAGCAACCGAUACGCAGACGUAUUGGCAUCUGUUGGAUUGGAUGGAAAGUUGAACCAGGCGGACAGCCUCCCAAAAGAAAGAAUUGUUAGCAGCUACGACAUCUUUUGCAACCGAGAACUGAAGCAAGAAGCCAUCACUGCAAUUGGUUUUGAUAUGGAUUACACACUUGUGCAAUACAAGCAACCUGCAUUUGAUGAACUGGCUUUCAAUGGGGCCAAAGAGAAGCUGGUGAAUAGUUUGGGUUAUCCCAAAGAGGUGCUAGACUUUGAAUAUGACCAUAAGAGCUGGCAAAGAGGCUUAAUCAUCGAUACGGAAAGAGGAAAUGUGUUGAAGAUUGAUAGGCAUAAAUAUGUUCGGGUUGCAUACCAUGGUUUCGAAGAGAUUUCAUCCAGUACAAGAAAGAUUCUCUACGCAAGGAAUUUCAACAAGGUCGAAAGUUUUUCAGAAAAGUCAUAUGUGAACAUGGAUACGCUUUUUCAGUUUGUUGAUGUCCACCUCUUUGCUUUGCUCGUGGAAAUGAAAGACGGGGGGGAACACGAGAUGUUGGACUUUAAGACCUACGGGGAAAUCUACAAGCAGAUUCGGCAAAGUGUUGACUUGUGUCACAGAGAUGGCGUUAUCAAGGAUGAAGUUGCAAGGUAUCCAGACAAAUACAUUGUGGACGACAAAGGAAUGAUCCCCAUGCUAAAGAGAUACAAGGAGCAAGGUGUUAAACUUUUUCUUCUCACAAACUCUUUCUGGGAAUACACAUCAACCGCCAUGAACUAUUUGUACCACGGAAAGCGAAUAAACGAUGAGGAGCAGAAGAAGAAUGAAUGGAUCGAGCUCUUUGAUUUGGUUAUCGCUGGAUCAUGCAAACCUGCAUUCAUGUUGGACCCAUAUCUUCAACUUUUCCGGGUAAACAUGCAAGAUGGAUCGCUGAAGAAUACGGAUGGCGUCUUUGAGAUUGAUGCUUUGGGUCCUGAUGGUGCAACAAAGUUCUUAGAGCAGGGCAAAAUAUUCCAAGGUGGUAACUGGCAACAUCUCCAUAAGAUGCUGGGUGUAAAAUCUGGAGAUGAGAUCCUAUAUGUCGGAGAUCACUUGUAUUCGGAUGUUUUGAGAUCUAAACGAACACUGGGCUGGCGAUCGCUGUUCAUCAUGCCGGAACUCGACGAUGAAUUGCGAGUUUUCGCAGCUGAACUCCCGUUGAGGAACAAAAUUUCGAAGUUGAGAGAGCUCCGAGAAGAGCUUGAGUUAAAGGCCGAAUUCAUCCGCCGAACAGAAGAUAUGAACGACGCAUCGGUCAAAGCAAAGCUGGCAGAGUUUGAGGCCGACGAUGACGCAAUCAAGGAGGUGCUCACUACUCUUGCAGAAAAAUGGCAUUCCGCCUUCCAUCCUGUAUGGGGCGCAAUGUUCAAUGCAGGAUACCAAGAAUCUCGCUUCGCCUUUUACGUGGAGAACUAUGCAUGUCUAUAUACUUCAAAAGCCUCAAACAUGGGACUGUCAUCUCCGACGAGAUCAUUUAGAACAACGAUGGAUAUUGUCCCCCACGAUCAACUCCUUGAAGCCGCAAAUACAAAGUUUGACGACACCAAUCCAUGGUAA